AUGUCGUGGAACUUGACCGCGGAGCAGCUCUCGGCGCUGCUCCGGCUGCACAACCUGACGCGCGCGCAGUUCAUCGCGCGCUAUGGGCUGCGGCCACUGGUGCUCACCCCGCAGCUGCCCGCUGGCGCCAGGCUAGCCCUCCUGCUCGCCGGCCUGCUCAUCUUCGCCUUAGCGCUCUUCGGCAACGCCCUGGUAGUCUAUGUGGUGACCCGCAGCAAGGCCAUGCGUACCGUCACCAACAUUUUCAUCUGCUCCCUGGCACUCAGUGACCUGCUCAUCGUCUUCUUCUGCAUCCCGGUCACAAUGCUCCAGAACGUCUCAGACACCUGGCUAGGGGGUGCCUUCAUUUGCAAAAUGGUGCCAUUUGUCCAGUGCACUGCCAUUGUGACAGAAAUCCUUACUAUGACCUGCAUUGCCGUGGAAAGGCACCAGGGACUUGUCCAUCCUUUUAAAAUGAAGCGGCAGUACACCAAUCAAAGGGCUUUCACAAUGUUAGGUGUGGUGUGGCUGGUGGCCGUCAUCAUAGGAUCCCCCAUGUGGCAUGUGCAGCGACUUGAGAUUAAGUAUGACUUCCUAUAUGAAAAAGAACACAUCUGCUGCUUGGAAGAGUGGAGCAGCCCCGUGCACCAGAAAAUAUACACCACCUUCAUCCUCGUCACCCUCUUCCUGCUGCCUCUGUUGCUGCUGUCCGUCCUCUACGGGAAAAUCGGUUAUGAGCUUUGGAUCAAGAAAAGAGUUGGGGACGGCUCAGUGCUACGAACUAUUCAUGGAAAAGAAAUGUUCAAAAUAGCCAGGAAGAAGAAGCGGGCUGUGAUUAUGAUGGUGACAGUCGUGGUUCUCUUUGCUGUGUGUUGGGCACCUUUCCAUAUUGUUCACAUGAUGAUUGAAUACAGUAAUUUUGAAGAAGAAUAUGAUGAAGUCACAAUCAAGAUGAUUUUUGCUAUAGUGCAAAUUAUUGGAUUUUUCAACUCCAUCUGUAAUCCCAUUGUUUAUGCACUUAUGAAUGAAAACUUCAAAAAAAACUUUGUGUCUGCUGUUUGCUAUUGCAUAGUAAAAGAAACCCCCUCUCCAGCAUGGAGGCAUGGAAGUUCAGGAGCCAUAGUGUUGCACAGGAGGGCAAAGAUAGCUGUGGGAGAGAAUCCUGUAGAAAUCAAAGGAGAAGAAUUUGGGGGCAGCAACAUCGAUAUCAAGUGGUGUGAACAGCCAGAAAAGAAGAAGAAGAAAUCUCAAGUGGCAUCUUGUCCUCUUUAGUUCUGAAUUUCUGAGAACUCUGCUGUAGACAUGAACAUUGAUUGUAACAGUGUCUUCAGAAUGAGUACCUGUCACACUAUAAUCUAAAGAAAACCAUUUUGAGAAAAAGUCAGAAAGCUUUCAUAUUAAAAUGUUGACAAGAACUUGGAAGGUAGGGGCGGGGAACUAAAGACUUUAAAGUUAUCCUCAGCUGCAUGAUAAGUUUGAGGACAACCUGGGCUACAAGAGACCCUGCCUCAAGAAGCCAUAAUAAUGAAAACAACCAUACUUACUAAUGAUAAUGACAAAGUAUUUUUCCAUUGAAAAUACAUCCAUGCAGCAAUUUUGAAAAAUUAUUGGACCACCCUUGUGAUUAAUAGGUAGAGUUUUUAAAAAUUUAAAUGUCUUUUUAUUGUCUGUAUAUGGAUGGUUUACCUGUGUCUGUGU